AUGGAGUCGUCUGUUGCUUCACUGAUGGAGCAUCUCAAUGCUGUCGAAACUCGCCGGCGUGUGGUGAUGAUGAAACGGAAGGAAGCCGAAACACGACUGUCGUUUGUCACAGAGGAGCACCAACAGCUGGAACAGCAGCGGGUGUUGAGUGAGGCACGUGAGGUUGAACUGAAAAAGGAACUCGAUCAUCUAUUGGAAGAGCAGCGUCAAGCUCAGUUGCAACUAAUGUCUGGUGCGGACACUAUUCGUCAAAGUGAGGUGGAAGAGACUUUGCUUACUGAGCAUGUACAGAAACAGGUGAGUAAAUCGGAAACCCUAGUUGCCGAGUGGGUGUGCCACUUGCAGGAGUUAGAUAACUUACAAAAAUUGUGGGAGAGCGAUAAUGCCGCAACUUCCCUUCAGAUACGCAUUAAUGCUCUUAAGGAGGAUAUCGUAAAACUUCACAGCGAGAAAGAGAGACUCGAGAAGGAUGUUAAGAAAGCCCUCGAAGCCAGCAUGAUCCGGGGUGCAGGGGCGCUGAACCCCGCCGUUGUGGUCCCCGGGCCACCAACAGAAAGAUGCGAGGAGGAGGAGGAAUACGCUGCCGCAGUUGCGCAACUAAGAGAGCAACUUGAAUUGGAGCAACGCGAUUUGGAGGAACUGGGGGCACAAAACGCCCGCCAAAUAGCCGUUCUCGACCGUGAGGUAGCAGAUCUUGUGGGACGUUCCACUGAGUUGGAGCAGUGGCUGACUGAUACCAUCGGUGCAAGGGAUCAAACACUUUCCAGCAUUGAGUUAUUGCCAACGUGUCUCAAGAACAAACUGUGUGUGUCGUGUAGCAGCAAUUCUUGA